UGCUCGUCUCGCGGGAUCUCUCGGGAGGACGUACGGGGUCAGGUCCCAUCAUGGCGGCUGAAGAGGCGGAUGUGGAUAUCGAAGGGGACGUGGUAGCGGCGGCGGGGGCACAGCCAGGAAGUGAUGAAAAUACAGCUUCAGUUUUACAAAAAGAUCACUAUCUUGAUUCAUCUUGGAGAACAGAGAAUGGACUUAUUCCUUGGACCUUGGAUAACACCAUCAGUGAAGAGAACAGAGCUGUUAUUGAGAAAAUGUUAUUGGAAGAAGAGUAUUAUUUAUCUAAAAAAUCACUACCGGGAAAAGUCUGGCUUGAUCAAAAGGAAGAUGAUAAAAAAUAUGUGAAGAGUCUGCAGAAAACAGCAAAAAUCAUGGUACACUCUCCUACAAAACCAGCCAGUUACUCAGUAAAGUGGACGAUAGAAGAAAAAGAGCUGUUUGAACAAGGGCUGUCUAAAUUUGGCCGAAGAUGGACCAAAAUUUCAAAGUUAAUUGGAAGUCGCACUGUUUUACAAGUGAAGAGUUAUGCAAGACAGUAUUUUAAAAAUAAGGUCAAAUGCGGCCUGGAGAAAGAAACACCAAAUCAGAAGAACGGCCAUAAUCUUCAAGUUAUAAAUGAAAAUAAAGGGACAAAGGCAUGGACACCAUCAUGUUUCAGGGGACGUGCUGAUCCCAACUUGAAUGCUGUAAAAAUUGAAAAGUUAUCUGAUGAUGAAGAAGUAGACAUCACAGAUGAGGUGGACGAGUUGUCUUCUCAAACACCCCAAAAGAAUUCUAGCAGUGAUAUCUUGUUAGAUUUUCCUGAUAGUAAAAUUCAUGAAACCAAUCAAGGAGAAUUCAUUGCUUCUGACAGCCAGGAAGCUGUCUUUUCUAAGUCUUCCAGGGACCGUCUUCAAAAUGAAAAGCAAGAUGAAACACUUUCAAGCUCGGAAAUUACAUUGUGGACACAGAAACAGAGUAGCAGUGACAAAAAUUCAGUCAAAUUAAAUGAUCAGAAAUUUAAUGAAUUGAUUAAAAAUAGCAACAAACAUGAUGGAAGGGGAAUCAUAGUUGACGCCAGGCAGCUGCCUUCUCCAGAGCCUUGUGAAAGUCAGAAAGAUUUGAAUGAUAAUGAAAUGCUUUUUGAUUCUUCUUGCCAAAUGGUAGAGGAAAGUCAUGAGGAAGAAGAGCUUAAAGCACCAGAACAGGAAAUAGAAAUAGAUAGAAAUAUCAUUCAAGAAGAAGAAAAACAAGCAAUUCCUGAGUUUUUUGAGGGACGCCAAGCUAAAACACCAGAACGCUAUUUGAAAAUUAGAAAUUACAUUUUGGAUCAAUGGGAGAUAUGCAAACCGAAAUACCUAAAUAAGACCUCAGUACGUCCUGGCCUGAAGAACUGUGGGGAUGUUAAUUGUAUUGGACGGAUUCAUACAUACCUCGAAUUGAUAGGAGCAAUCAAUUUUGGAUGUGAACAGGCUGUAUAUAAUAGGCCACAAACGGUUGACAAAGUACGAAUCAGAGACAGGAAAGAUGCAGUAGAAGCAUAUCAACUUGCCCAGCGUCUGCAGUCUAUGCGUACAAGGAGACGUAGGGUCCGAGACCCAUGGGGAAACUGGUGUGAUGCAAAGGACUUAGAAGGACAAACAUUUGAGCAUCUCUCUGCUGAGGAGUUGGCAAAAAGAAGAGAAGAGGAAAAAGGCAGACCUGUUAAAUCUUUAAAAGUUUCAAGACCAACAAAAAGCUCAUUUGAUCCCUUCCAACUGAUACCUUGUAAUUUUUUCAGUGAAGAAAAGCAGGAGCCAUUUCAGGUGAAAGUGGCUUCAGAAGCACUUUUAAUAAUGGAUUUGCAUGCUCAUGUUUCUAUGGCAGAAGUGAUUGGUCUAUUAGGAGGAAGAUACUCAGAAGUUGAUAAAGUAGUUGAAGUCUGUGCAGCAGAACCAUGUAACAGUCUGAGUACAGGACUACAGUGUGAGAUGGAUCCUGUAUCACAAACACAGGCCUCAGAAACCUUGGCUGUUAGAGGCUACAGUGUUAUUGGAUGGUAUCAUUCUCAUCCUGCUUUUGAUCCCAAUCCUUCCUUACGAGAUAUUGACACACAAGCUAAAUACCAGAGUUACUUCUCCAGAGGAGGUGCAAAGUUCAUUGGAAUGAUUGUUAGUCCCUAUAAUCGAAAUAAUCCCUUACCAUAUUCUCAAAUUACCUGCCUGGUUAUAAGUGAGGAAAUUAGCCCAGAUGGCUCUUAUCGGUUACCUUACAAAUUUGAAGUACAACAGAUGUUAGAAGAACCUCAGUGGGGAUUAGUAUUUGAAAAGACAAGAUGGAUAAUAGAAAAAUACAGGCUGUCCCAUAGCAGCGUCCCCAUGGAUAAAAUCUUUCACCGGGAUUCUGACCUGACUUGUUUGCAGAAACUUUUGGAGUGUAUGAGGAAGACUCUGAGCAAAGUGACCAAUUGCUUUAUGGCUGAAGAAUUCUUGACUGAAAUAGAAAAUUUGUUCCUUUCCAAUUAUAAAAGCAACCAAGAGAAUGGAGUAACCGAAGAGAACUGCACAAAGGAAUUGUUAAUGUGAUUAUUUUACAGUUAAGACAUUUGAAUCUUGACACAGUAGAUCUUGCUUUCAAUGUUAUAACCUUAAAGUGAUUGUAAUUUAGUUAACAUUGGCACGGCUUUGGUAUUUUUUCUCUAGUUCACAAAAUCCAAACGUUGCCACAUAAAUCAUGUGAAAAGGAAGAGCUACAGACUUACUUUCAUACAGUGAUUAUCAGAGUGUUGCAAACCAGGGUCCAGCACAGUGUUCUAGUCCUUUACUAAGCAAUGCUGUGUAACUUAGGCUGUGAAACUUAGGAGCCUAGUUGGCUGUACUGUUGUGUUCAGCUUGGGAUUUGGACUAUGUCUCUAAGUCAUUUCUUCCCUGAGCUAGCCAUUUAUGUUUCAUUGUGGUAUCUCAUAUUUCAUUUAGAAGCACUUCCAUUAUUUUCAUAUGUUCUGGUGAGAUUUGUUUAUGGUUACAAAUGAGAUGUGGAUGGGUGGUCACUGAGAUAAUUAAUAUGGUUUAGAACUACUGAUUAAUCUAACAACAUGCAGUAGGGACCCAGGAGAAUCAUGACAAGAAAAUCUUAAAAACAAGAGAAACCCAAAAGAGAGAAUGAAUUACUAGUUUUUAAUAUUGCUUCCAUUUCAUUGUAUAGCAACAUUAUCAUAAGAAACGCCAUUUUCCCCGCGAUCUGAAAAUUUUUGACUAAUUUGACAUGCAUAAAAUAAUUAGCUUCAAUUGUGUGUCCACUACAUUAGUAUAUGUGAUAAAACCUCAUUUAACUGGAAAUUAGGUAGUCAUAACCCUCAAACUUUUUUUUCUACUAUCUACUAUUAGGAGAAAGAGGCAAAUGAUAAUAAAGCUGGAAAAAUCAGAGAUUUAAUUUUUAAAACAAAAACGCCUUUCAGGACAUAUUACAUAUUCAGCCCAGUUUCAUAUACUUUCUGAAUCUGUAACGGAGGUCAGUGAACUUUUUAAUGUAAAGGGCCAGUUAGUAAAUAAUUUUGUCUUUUUAGGCCACAUAUGAUCUCUAUGAGACAUUCUUCUAUGUGUGUAUAUGUGUGUGUGUAUUUGUUUUAAACAAUUCUUUAAAACUAUAAAAACCAUAGUUAGCUCACAGGUCUCACAAAACAUAGGCUGCUGGCUAUUAUUCUCCAACCCCUGAUCUAGAGAACUUUAAACAUUAGAAUUUUGUUUUACAUUUGUUAAGCCUUACAUCAGCUUCAAAUGACACUGAAACUCAGAAUUAUGAUCUGCAUCUAAGCCCAUUUUAAAAUAAAGUAAGCAAUCAUGCUGCCUCAUUCAUUGAAAUUCAAUAGAUUUUAGUUUAUUUCUUAGUAUCUAGAGGAUUGAUUUAUACCUAUUCACUAAGGAUUCUCACUAAUGUUUUCUUAUAUCUAAACCAGAUUGAUUCUACAUUUUUGUUUGUUUGUUUGUUUGUUUGUAGUCAGUAGCCAGUGAAGAAUAAGGAGUAUUGGAAGAAGCAGUGAGCCAGCUGUAGGUGACCUGGUCUUGUCUCAACUUUGUGAUUUGGGGGGAUAUAGUUUACUUUUCCUUAGCCUUAAUUCUUGUGUAACGGAAGUCUAACUUCUUAGGGUCCUUUCAGGACUAAAAUUUUAUUGUUCAUUCUAAUUGUUGGACUACUCAUGUGAAGUUUAUAUUUUUAGUUAAUACAGUUUCCAAAUUAACAUACAUUUUUUAAAAAACAGGUAGUAUUUUUCCAUUUUUCUAUGUGCACUUUGGAUAAACAAUGAAGUAUAGCUUACAAAACAAUUGCUUUGAGGACUGAGAGACCAAAAGUCAGGAAACCUGAACUCUUAUCCUAACUCUGUGACCAACUUUGCUGUGUGACCUUAAUCAAAACGCGUAACCUGGACUGCACGCUCCUCACUGUUAAUUCAAGGGCCUGAAUUUUAUGACUUAGUAUUCUCUUCCAAUCUCAGAAGUUGUGUGAUUCUAUGAAAGGCAGUAAUUGAUUCCUUUGUACUCAUCUUCCUUUUGAACUGUUUCUUCAUAAUAUAUUGGGGAACAAAUACUAAAAAGUUGUUAUUUAUUAGGUUUCUUGAUUGACAUUUCCCUAUAAUACUGAUGAGUUUGGGUGAUGGAAAGUAAUGGAAAUCGUUAAAAGUUAUGCUCUCAAAUCUGAGUGUCCCUGCUGUGUGUGCCAAUUUUAACCAUAUUUGCCAACCUAAGCCAUAUGGUGAGGAUCUCAAGGAUGAUAAUUGUCAAGAGUUUGGGGUCUUCAGAACACAAUUUUCAAAAUAAUACUUACUGAGUAUUUUCUGACUAUAGAGUACAUUUAUCUUGUAAAAUAUGUUUGAAAAUACAGAGAACUAUGAAGUAUAAAAAUCUCAGUAUUACUGUUUAAAAAAACACAGUUAAUAGUAUAAAUCCUUCCCCAUUUUUUUGACAGUAUAAUUUGAGUAUGUUAAAAUUGGUUACUUUUUUCUCUCCUCCUCCAUCAUGUUCGCUGCUUCUUUUUUCUUUUGUCACAUUCUUAAAACAGUUUUUCAACUGCAGGUACCCACAUUGCUGGCACUGCCAGCCUUGGGCUACUACCAAGGAUAAUGGAGUCAGGGCCUUGAAGCACAGAGGAAGCCUAGAAAUGACUGGGACUAUGAUACAGGAAGUUUAGGAGGCAGGGUCUCAAAGGAAAACCUGCCACUAAAAAUGUGUACAAAGUGGAGGAAGGACUAAAGGACUUAAAGACAUGAAGGUGUCUUCAUCCUGAUUCUGCCUUUGUUAUUGCACAAUGACUAUAAAAUAAUGAGCUGAACUUUUUUUUUCUGGCUUCGCUAAUGGAAAUUGACACUAGCACAUCCCCAGUAUUAACUUAGCUUUCUUUAAAAAUCUAAUUCCAAAGUAACAUUCAAGAAAAGAAAAACCAGUGGAACAGGAUCAGUAAGCUCAGAGUCAUCAUCUCUAUUAUUUUAGCCUUGAAACAUUCUUCUCUAAUCCUUUUAAAUUGUCUUCAGUUUCCUGUUCAAGUUAUAUUGCUUCAGUUACAAUUUGUUUGACCCUGUAUUCAGAGCUGCAUUAUGAUUUUUGUGGGCCCUAGGGAGUUUUGCCAUCUUAGACUCCUUCUUCCAUAAAAAGUUAAAAGUGAUAUUUUACAAUUGCAUUUGUAUGAAAUGAAUGUAUUAACAUUUUAGAGUAAAACAUUUUGUUUAGUCUAGAAGUUCACUUUUUUCUUACAAGGCUAAAAAAACAUUAAAACAUUUUUUUGGCCACUAAAAAACUGUGGGCCUUAGGUACUGUGCCUAAUGAAUAAGCUGGCACUGCCUGUAUUCUGAAGGGUAUCAUUGGAAAAAUAGCAGUCAUGACUCUGUCCCCUUCUAACACCACUAUCCCUGAGGAAGCCUUUGCCACCCCAACCAAGAGCACUGCAGUUUCCACAGUUAACAGAUCUAUAGACUUGAACUUCCUUCCUUCCCAACCUAAUCAAAACUCAUAAAUUACUUGGGACCUUUGAUCCUCAAAAAAGAUAGGAGGCAGUGAUUUGUUUUAGUCUUCAGAUAUUUUUGUUCUGGUUGUCCUUAAUCAAUCUAUAGAUUUGAAACUCAUGCCACACUUGAAAGGGAAACAUCCUAAUACCUUUCUUUUCUCCCCAUUUCCUACAAACCCUUUCUUUCAUCAUCAUUCCCUCCAUUCUUUUUUCUCAGCAUAUAGAUACAAGACCAUUCUUUCUAUCAUUUGUUGAAAGCUAGGCCUGUAGAAUAGAGAUGGACAGACCAUGCAUGUUUCUCUGAAGCUGUUUACUGCUGCUCCCAGUCUUCCGUCCGUACCAUACCUUCCCUGCCCACAGCAGUGGGGUUGAGGUCUGUGACAUGCAAACUGUAAGCACAGUCAGAGCCUCUGCAGCUCCACCCAACAGAGGAGACAGGCCUCAACCUGCCUGAGCAGGUCUCCUCCUCUACAUUACCUUCCUCCCAUUUCUCUUGCUGGGUCCUGAUGAAGUGAGCUGGAGGAACCAAUACAGUCAGGUUGCCCUGGAAUUGAUGGUGCUUUGUUUUGUGCUUACACAAGAGCUGUGUAACACAUGACCACCUGAAUUGAAGCCAUCCAGUCACAAGUCAACAGACAGCAGUUGAUAGAAUUCUCAGUAGAAAUUCAGUAAGCGUGUCCAAUUUUUUUUUUUUUCCACCUUUACCAAAAGCUACAGACUAAAUCUGGAGUCACUUAUAUGAUAUUUAGGAAAACUUCUUUUAUCUAAGCACAAAGAAAAGCACACACAUUUUUAUAAUCAUCUGCUUCAUCACGGUAAAUAAUUUAACAAAGAAAGUUGAUCAGUAUCUCUAGUUUACCAGUAUUUUAUUAUUAGUUUUCUUACAAAUUAAUAUAUUUUGUAGUAUUUCCAGAAAAUCACUGUGGGAGAAUAAUGUGCUACAGGAUGUAUUUCCUGACCUUUUCUUAAAUGGCUGUUCCCCCCAAAUUCUGCUUUCUCUGGUUCCUUUUUUAUUUAAGCUAUCAUUAUACUUUCUAGUAUAUUCUGAGUCUAUCUUCUAAGCCAUCUUAAAUUUUUCCUGGAACAAGGAAGGGAAUAAAUAUGUUGCCUCCACUAAAUCAGGAGAAAAUAAAAAUAUCCCAGGGGGGCUAUGAUUAUGCCAAGAGCUCUAAAUAGAAGUUCGAGAAGGUAAAAUUAAGUUACAAUAUCUGGGUUGUUUUUAUUUUCUUCCUUUGGUGUUUAUGAAUGUAUUCAUAAGAACUUUAAUUUCAGGGGAAAAGAAUGCCUGAUUUGCUAUCUUUGAGGUUUCCUAGUUUCUUAAGAAGUCAGUUAAAUAUGUUUUCAUAGUUUAUAUUCCUGUUUCAUAGAUUACUGUAAAAUGUGUUUAAGCCUAUGGAUUAUAAAAUAGUAUUUAGAGUGUAGCAUGCAUGAGUUAAAUAGAUCAAUCAUAUACCUUUAGAUUUGUGGAUCUGACAUGCAAUUUAUGUGUUGUGUAUAAGUUACUAAACACACUGCAUGGUUAUUGAUAAACUUGUUGCUGUUUUUUUCCAAAUGUUUUCAGUGUUUGUGGACUUUUUAAAAUUAGUUUGAAUUUUGGAAUGUUCUGUAAUAUAAUUUCAACUAUUUUGUACAUUUAAAUAUGCCAUGUUGUAUAUGUCUGUAUUUAAAAAUAUUGUAAAUAUCUGCAUUUUUAGAAUUAUGAAAGAUUUGCCUCAAAAGUGACAGAACUCUCCAUACUUAAUUGUGACACAUUAUAAAAUACCUGAUUUUAAGCUUUUGGAUUUUAUCUUGUUCUAAAAAUUAAGCUGAAACAUGCUGAAGAUUCCAUAUAAAUAAAAUUUUGAAAAUAAAA